AAUUUAUUAUUAUUUUUUUAAAUAUUCUCACUUUACAUCUGGCAACAUUGAUGCUUCUAGAAAGUUUUGAAUGGAGCGAGUUCGUCUGCUUCGAAUUUCGUGCGUGACAUUGAGAAAAACCUCAUAGCUUUGUUUUUGUAUUGCUAAAUCGAAUUGUUUGUGCCCUUAACACGUCCUUGGAUUCUUAAAAACUUACCUUUUUAUAUUCUCGAUUUAAUAAAUCGACUGGGAAUGAGGUAAAUUGAAAAUGAAGCGUUAAAGUGUCAAAGACCUGGUAAACAAUGAAAAUGGCUGAAAAUGUUCCGUAUAUUCUGUUGUGAAGAACGUUGGCUCUUUAUGGACAAAUUUAAUGAUAAGCAGAAAAAAGAACUAUGGUACUGCUAUAUACAGUAACCUUGAAAUAUUAGAUUUGGAUGAUAGCUUAGAAAACAAGUGGAUAUUUACCUCAGCUGUUUGUAUCUAAACUUUGUUGUAUGUACAGAAGCCUUCAAAGAUUAUACUGGAACAAGAACACGUUAUAUAACGAAUCAGCAAAGACUUUAUAUCUAUUUUGUGCUUUUAUACAUUUAUAAGUAUACAGAAAAUUCUAAAGAUAUCCUUUCUCAGAAAAUCCUAGAAUAUAGGAAGAAAAAAUUUUUAGUUAAACAUAAUUAUCUAUAUAUAUAAUUUUCUGGAAUGACACAGUUCAAAGAUAAUACUCAAAAAGGUUGUCCGUUAAUUAUGUGUAUAGUUUUUGAGCCACUUUUGACCUUUCCUUGUUGUGUACAAUAAUGUACUUUUGACAGACCUUCUCCCCUUUAAUUACAUGUACAAUAGUUUAUAGAUUUCCUGACAUUGAAGAAAUAUUUUUUAAAUUUUUAACUGCUAGUUUAUUCACAUUACUAGUAUUUUAAGUAGGCUUUUUUAAAAUUUCAAUACGUGUGCCACUCUAGGUGAGAGGGGUACAGGUUAAAUAGAUCAUUAGGGUUACAGAUAAAGUUCAAAAAUGAUGAUGAAACAAUGCAUAUGUAAGACAAGAUAAAUGUUGCCACAGGCUUUAUGGAAGACUGUUUUAUCUUCCAUGUUUCAGUUGUAAUGUAGUAGAAAGAUUCAUAUAGUAGAUUUUGAACUAGAGUAUUUAGUGGGCAAGACCAUUCAAAAUUAUAAAAAAUAAAAGCAGCGUUUAGCUUCAACUUAAAACGUUUAGAUUAAUAGAUAGGGAGUGAUCUACUACAUGAUGAAUGGUUUCAAUUUCUCCAGUUGUAUAUGAGUGAAGACACUUAUGGCUAGAUUAUAUGUUCCUAGGUAGUUCAUAAAGUUAUGUCUUAUUAGAAGUUUGUUAGCAUGCAAGAGUAAUUUUCUAUAUAUGAUUUAAAAAAGUCUUAGAUUGUAGAAAAGAAACACUUGGUAACAGCCACUAAUACUAUUAAAAAAAGUCCACACAGACAAUGCCUCAAUUCCCUCUUUUCCCAUUGUGUACAGUGAUGUAUUUUUCCCAACCCCUUCCUCCUUUAAACUGUACACGUAAUUAAUACAAAUGCCUCCAAAGACUGUUAUUGAUUCAAAAGUAAAGAUCAAAGAAAUAGUUUUUUUGGAGAGUUAAUUCCAUUCGUUCAUCAUGGCUGACAGAAAUGUUAAAAUCCAAUUCAAAGGAAGUGGUUUUGGAAGAUCGACCAGCAGCUUGCAAAAUAAUGGUAAAAGCUGCAAGUCUGGAUGUCCUCAUUCACCUCCUUGUACAUUCAUUCAUGCCAAUUGGAGGAUUAGAAAAAGAAAAUGAUAAUUUCCCACGAAUUAUGCUUUUAAUGCAUCAGUGGUUUGUUUCAUCAGAAGAAUUAGCUCAGAAAUUAAUUAAUUUAUUUUGGAAUUGUGAUACUGCUUUUACUUGUCAUCCAAAAUGUACACAUUCUUUGAAGAAUGUAAUUGAUUGUCAAAUAUAUCGUUAUCGUGCUCGUAUCUCUCAAACAUUCAGGUACUGGAUCUUUACCUUUUCCAUCCACUUUGAUCAGAAUAGAGAACUUUCUUCCAUCCUUCUUGACUUUCAACAAAAACUUCAAGAAAAAGGUUUCAGUGGAUUAGCUGAACUUGUAGACUUAUCAAAACUGCCUUCCUAUGAUUGGACAAGAAACAUUUCAGUCAGGAAUCCACCUGCAAAGCAUACUAGAAAAGUCUCUUUAGUAUUUGAUCAUUUAGAAGCUGGAGAACUAGCUGAACAUUUGACUUAUUUAGAACAUAAAGUUAUGAGAAGAAUUACAUUUCUAGAUUUUAAAGCUUAUGCACAGUCUGGUACAUUACAAGAUAACGCUAAACUAGAAAGAUCCAUAGCACUAUUUAAUGGUCUUUCACAGUGGAUCCAAUGUAUGGUGCUUAGUCGCUCAUUAGCACAGCAAAGAGCCGACGUUAUCACUAAAUUUGUAUCUGUAGCUAAGAAAUUACUACAGCUUCAAAAUUUUAAUUCAUUAAUGGCAGUUGUUGGAGGAUUGAGCCACAGUGCUUUGGCCAGACUGACUCGGACUAUGGCUGCUGUACCGUCCGAGACUAUAAAGUCUUUAGAAGAAUUGACAGACCUGUUAUCUUCGGCAUCAAAUUUUACUAAUUAUCGAAAAGCAUUAGCUGAGAGUAAAGGAUUUCGCAUUCCAAUUCUUGGUGUACAUAUGAAAGAUUUGAUAUCAUUACAAGUUGCGCUUCCUGAUACUUUAGAUAAUGGAUUAAUAAAUUUUCGUAAAAUAGUACAAUUAUCCUUGAUAUUCCAAGAAUUAUGGGAACUCCAAAAUUCGACACCCUCUCUCUCUGUAAACUUAGAUUUAGUAAAUACGCUUAGAUUUCUAGAUUUUAAAGCUUAUGCACAGUCUGGUACAUUACAAGAUAACGCUAAACUAGAAAGAUCCAUAGCACUAUUUAAUGGUCUUUCACAGUGGAUCCAAUGUAUGGUGCUUAGUCGCUCAUUAGCACAGCAAAGAGCCGACGUUAUCACUAAAUUUGUAUCUGUAGCUAAGAAAUUACUACAGCUUCAAAAUUUUAAUUCAUUAAUGGCAGUUGUUGGAGGAUUGAGCCACAGUGCUUUGGCCAGACUGACUCGGACUAUGGCUGCUGUACCGUCCGAGACUAUAAAGUCUUUAGAAGAAUUGACAGACCUGUUAUCUUCGGCAUCAAAUUUUACUAAUUAUCGAAAAGCAUUAGCUGAGAGUAAAGGAUUUCGCAUUCCAAUUCUUGGUGUACAUAUGAAAGAUUUGAUAUCAUUACAAGUUGCGCUUCCUGAUACUUUAGAUAAUGGAUUAAUAAAUUUUCGUAAAAUAGUACAAUUAUCCUUGAUAUUCCAAGAAUUAUGGGAACUCCAAAAUUCGACACCCUCUCUCUCUGUAAACUUAGAUUUAGUAAAUACGCUUAGAUUAUCUGUAGAAACAGCAUACACUGAAGAUGAAUUAUAUGAAUUGUCACUAAGCAGAGAACCACGUAAUCCAACAUCACCACAGUCAUCUCCCACAAAACCAAUAAUAUUUGCUGAAUGGGCAACUGGUUCCUGCAUUCCUCCUGAACCAGAAGUUUUAGAAAAGCACAUUGAUUCUAUAGUUGAGGCAAUAUUUAAGAAUUAUGACAUCGACAAAGAUGGAUACAUAUCACCUGACGAAUACGAUGCCAUAGUUAGUAAUUUUCCUUUCAUUGAUGCAUUUUGCAUUGUGGAUGCUAAUCAAGAUGGUAUGAUUAGUAAAGAAGAAAUGAAAAAAUAUUUCCUUCAAGCAAAUAGCCGUACGUUGCGUACCAUUUUUCAGCAUGACUUCCAUGAAACAACUUAUUUUAGGCCCACGUUUUGUGCUCGUUGUACAGGUUUGUUAUGGGGAUUAAUUAAACAAGGUUAUAAAUGCAGAGAUUGUGGAAUUAAUGCUCAUAAACAUUGUAAAGACCUGGUUGUUAUAGAAUGUAGGAGGAUAAGUUGUAUUUCACCAAGAGCCAAUUCUUUUGCUGGAACAGAUGGUAUAACGAUAAAGAGCAGAUUUCAACGCCACUGGAAGAAACAGCCCAAGACAAGCCAGUCCGAAGAAUCUACUCUGAGUCCAAGAACGAGCACAGAAUCUUGUAAUUGUGAAAAUGGUUUUAUAACCAUUGAAACUCCAACAGACGAAAUUCCAGAAUCCAUUAAUUAUGAAGUCAACGAGGACGAAACAGCCGAGUUGAUCGAAAAUAACAUAUGUAAGACUAUCAACCAUGUCGGUUUCCAGAGAUCUGUCUAUAUCGUCGUCCAAGUGCAGAUGUCGGAAAGAUGUAUAUUCUCCGAAAUCACCGAUGGGGAAUGGGCAUGCGCAGUCAAAUCUGGUGACGCAACCAAACUCCUGAGAAGAUAUAUAUCCAUUGAUAGUUUUUGUGCAUUUUAGCUUCAUCAUUAUUAUUAAGUACAUUUUAAUCAUAAACUAGUCAUCAGCCGGGAAAAAAACAAAGAAAAAACACCCAACAGGUAUUUCUUCUGCUAAUAUUGUUUGAGACAUUUUUCACGUAUUUAAAAAGCGAGAUUAAAGUUUUAAGAAAAGUGUAUGAAAGGUGCAUUUUCCUUAAAUUUAGUACAACGCAUUUGGAUUAUAAAAACUAAAAACAAAUUGGUUUUACGAUAAAAUGAAAAAUCAUUGUGUAUAUAUUUGUUGCAAAAGUCCGUCGCUGCAACAAAAUAUCCAAUAAAAUAUAUUCGAUACAUACAGUAUUAUAUACUGUAUAUGAGGUAGAUAAUAUUUGUGAUUUUCUUUUUCUAUAUAUAUAU